AUGGCGUUCUAUGUUCAGUCCUGCAGCAUCUUUUGCUUCGUCUCAGUCCAAACUAUCCUGAUUUUCAGCGUAUCCUCGCCUGGAACGGAAAGCCUCAGUUUCCCUCAAAACUACACGAUGAUCCACUGGGCGGGACGCAUUGAGAAAGAAAUCGAACAGGUUUUUCAGCACGUCAGCGGAGUCCAGCAAAUGAGAGGGAUUUACAAUGAGAAAAAGGGCCAAUUCGAGGUGGUGAAGAACUCUCCCAUGGAGCUUGUGGCGAAGGUGGCGAGAGAUAUUCAGGGGUUGUUGAUGAGCAAACGGAAGGCUCUUGAGAGGCUGGCCAAAGAGGCGGAGCAGUUGCAGAAGGAGCAUGUUUGGCAAGAUGGUAUUAAGGAGCGUGACAUUGAGUACUAUGAUUCCAAGGCGGACUCAGACUCCGUAAAGUCAGAUGGUGAUGGAGAUGAGGCCAUCGAUGAACGGAGCUCUCUAAAAUUGGAGUUUGUGGAUGAUCCAAACUUCAAAAACAGGGUCAACUACUCCAGCACAGCUGUGCAGAUCCCUACGGAUAUCUACAAAGGAUCUCCUGUGAUCCUGAAUGAGCUGAACUGGACCCAGGCUUUGGAGAAGAUUUUUAUUGACAACAGCAGAGAGGAUCCGUCGCUGCGUUGGCAGGUGUUUGGCAGUGCCACUGGUGUCACCAGAUACUACCCAGCCACACCAUGGAGAGCACCCAAUAAGAUCGACCUGUAUGAUGUGCGAAGGCGGCCAUGGUACAUCCAAGGGGCUUCUUCUCCCAAAGACAUGGUCAUCAUCGUUGACGUGAGUGGCAGCGUGAGUGGUCUCACUCUCAAACUGAUGAAGACCUCCGUGAUGGAGAUGCUGGAUACUCUGUCAGACGAUGAUUAUGUCAACGUGGCCAGAUUCAGUGAGAAGGCUGAGGCUGUGGUUCCCUGCUUCAAGAACCUGGUCCAGGCCAACAUCCGCAACAAGAAAAUCUUCAAGGAGGCUGUGAAUGACAUGUCUGCCAAAGGCACCACAGACUACAAGUCCGGCUUCCAUUUUGCCUUCCAACAGUUACUUAAUGAUAGCAAUUACCCACGAGCAAACUGCAACAAGAUGAUCAUGAUGUUUACAGACGGGGGUGAGGACCGAGCACAAGACAUCUUUGAGAGAUACAACUGGCCCAACAAGACGGUGCGAGUGUUUACGUUCUCUGUGGGCCAACACAACUAUGAUGUCACCCCCUUACAGUGGAUCGCUUGUGCAAAUAAAGGUUACUACUUCGAGAUCCCAUCCAUUGGCGCCAUCAGAAUCAACACGCAGGAGUACCUGGACGUAUUGGGCCGUCCAAUGGUGCUGGCGGGAAACCGAGCCAAGCAGGUGCAGUGGACCAACGUGUACCAGGAUGCCUUGGGCCUGGGUCUGGUGAUAACUGGAACAAUGCCUGUUUUCAACCUCACUGCAGACGGGAGUUCUCAGAGUCAGCUAAUUCUCGGAGUGAUGGGAGUGGACAUUGCACUCAGUGAAAUCAAGAGGCUUACACCAAGAUACAAACUUGGGGCAAAUGGAUACACCUUCGCCAUCGACCCGAAUGGCUAUGUUCUCCUUCACCCGAACCUACAACCCAAGAUCAUUAAUUUCAGAGAGCCUGUCACUCUGGACUUCCUAGAUGCUGAACUGGAAGAUGAGAACAAGGAGGAGAUCCGGCGGGAUAUGAUCAAUGGAAGAACAGGAAAAAAGACAAUUAGAGCGCUCAUUAAGUCAGUUGAUGAGAGGUACAUUGAUGAGGCUGUUCGGACAUACUACUGGGCACCUGUUAAUGGCACUGACUAUAGUCUGGGUUUGGUACUGCCUAACUACAGUGAAUACCACAUCCGAGCCAACCUGAGUGACCAGAUCCUUCAGGUUCAAUAAUUCUCCCUUUCUAUUGCAGAUUUUGAAUCUCUGCUGCCAGUCAGUUUUGAUUCCGAGGGACAUGUAUUCAUUGCUCCCAGGGAAUACUGCAAGGAGCUGGAGCUCUCCAACAAUAACACAGAGUUCCUGCUCAACUUCAUCGCCCUCAUGGAGAAAAUCACACCGGACUCCAAGCAGUGUGAUAACUUCCUCCUGCACAACCUCAUCUUGGACACGGGCAUCAUCCGACAACUGGUGGAAAAGGUGUGGAAGGCCAAGGAUCUGAACACCUAUGGCUUCUUGGCAUUGUUUGCUGCAACAGAUGGAGGGAUCACCAGAGUCUUCCCCAACAGGGCUGCUGAGGACUGGGAUGAGGACCCAGAGCCCUUCAACGCCAGUUUCUACCGCCGCAGCUUGGACAACAAGGGUUACAUUUUCCGGGCUCCGUACAGAACCUCUCAAACUGCGAACGACGACAUCCUAAACCCAGAGAAUGACACCAUCGGCAUCCUGGUCAGCACUGCAGUGGAGAUCUCUGUAGGAGGGAAAACUAUCAAACCUGCAGUUGUGGGAGUGAAGCUGGAUUUGGAGGCUUGGGUAGACAAGUUCAAGAUACUGGCCAGCAACCAAACUCAAAGCCGGCAGGGUUCACACAAGUGUGGGGUAUCCAGCAGCUGUGAGAUGGAUUGUGAAGUCGACAGUGAUGACCUCCAGUGCUAUCUGAUUGAUGAUGGUGGGUUCCUGGUUAUGUCCAACCAGAAAAGUGACUGGAAUAAGAUCGGUAUGUUCUUCAGUGAGGUGGACUCCAUCCUGAUGCACGCCCUCUACAAUAACUCCUUCUAUGACCGCAAGCAGUCGUUUGACUACCAGUCUGUCUGUGAGCCAGUGCAGAGCAGCAACACAGGUGCUGCACCCAGGGGCGUCUUUGUGCCCACCAUUGCAGACUUCCUCAACCUGGCCUGGUGGACCUCCGCAGCAGCCUGGUCCCUGUUUCAGCAGCUGCUGUAUGGAGUGGCCUAUCACAGCUGGUUCAUCAAAGAUGACGUGGAGGCAGAGGGGAUGGACUCAAGAGAAACUAGCUGUAUCACAAUACAGACCCAGUACUACUUCACCAAUGUUACCAGCUCCUACAAUGUACUGCAGGACUGUGGCAACUGUUCCAGGCUGUUCCAUGCUAAGCGGAUAAACAACACUAACCUGCUGUUUGUGGUGGCAGAGAAGAUGCCCUGUAACUCAUGUAAUAUAGAGAAGCUGUCUCAGGUGGAGACAGAGUUCAAGGCGGAAGUCCCAUGUUUGGAGAUGCCUGUAGCACGGUACCGGAAAGGCCCAUCUACCUGCUUUGACUACAAUCUUGCGGAGAACACCUCGGACUGUGGGCGGGGCUACUCAUUCCGACCCUCGCUAAAGGUCCUGCUGUGUGUCCAGCUGCUUCUCUUAUACCUGACUGGCUCCUCCUACAUCCUGCCCUUCCCCUCACCGCUUUAAUCCAAUCAUAUUCUACCUGCUCCUCCUCCUCUCCAUGCUCCUUCACUCCCCUUCCUUUCCCCCUCCCUCCUUCAGUCAUUGCUGAUGAGGGGACUUCCUGAAGCCCUGUUUUGGAAGCCCUGGCUACUGUCGUCGUCCCCCCUCCCCCCCCCCCCAUGCCCGGUGACAUAGCUUCACGGGCGGUUGCUUAGCGACGGUUGUUGGGCUUUGUUGUGCAGCCAGUCACCUUCAUCCAGGGGAGGAGCUCUGUGUUCCUUCCACAGAAAAAAAAAAAAAAAAAAAAAAAAACUCCAACCGCCGCAACCAGAAGAAAGCGCAUCAGAAGAAGAAAUGAAAAGAUGGCGGGUGUUGCUCUCGUACACCUCCUGCCAGUACAGACACAUUUCUCAUCGCCUCGCGACUGCUCAGGCAGGAGAAGAGGGCAGCGGUGGACAUCGAUCGCUCUCAUUCCUCAUGGACCUUCUUAGAAUUUUACUGGGCCUCGUCCCAUUUGUCUCAGAUAGUGGUCGCUGUACCAUUCAGCCACAUAUAGCUACUGGAAAAGAAAAGUAACAAAAAAACACAGAAAAAGCAGUUAUUACCUGAAAUAUCAAGCAUACAAGAUUCACUUCCAUUUGUUAGGGUAUAAUUUGAAAGGGAAAUUGUCAUAUUUGACUGAUUUAAAUCAUUAAUUUAUUUAUGCACUAUAUCUACUUCUUGCCAAAAUGAGAUAGACUUUUCAUGUGGUCUUAUUUUUUAUAGCCAAAUAGAAAGAGGAAAAGGAGAAAAUAAAAUAAGUUUAAACAAUCGAAAUGAAUAGAAUAAUUAUGAAAAUACAAUCUCACUCCUUUCAGUAGAGACUGAGUGUCUCAGAGUAAUGAUAUCAUCAGUGUGGGUUGUCUGUAGUUUUAUCCCAUGUAUUCCAAGGAGGCCAUCAUGCUCUUUGCAGAUCUGUGUCUUUAUGAUGUAAUAGCCCAGUGCUCUCCAACCUUGAAUGUUCCCUCUAACCAAUCGCCUGAGAGGUUAAGUAGUUCUUUCUGUCACCGAAGACCAAGGUGCCAACACAUUUUUGUGUGCAAUUUGUCCUUUGUUAUUUUUAAAAACAGAUAAAUAUUUAUUGACUGUCUAGCAUAUAGCAGCCACUCAUGCAUUUGUUAUAGCUUUUUGGGGGCUGAAUGCAGCUUGCUUUAGCCUGUAGAAGACUAUAAACUGAAGAUAAGCUGUGCAGACCUUUUAUUGCAGAACUGAAAAUCCUUUCUAGGCUGUGCAUUCCCAAUGAUGUAGCCCAUCAGUGAAGUCUAUAAUCUGGAAUUGAAAGUAAGAGUUGAGUUUUAUCAUUAUGUAAUUGUUUUUAAAAAUGAAGAGGCUUUAUUGAUGUAUAGUAUUUGAAUGAUUGUCUGGCCUGUCCCAGUCCCUCCGUGUAGUGCCUUGGGGCACACAUCCUGUUGGACAGCACUGGUGUUGCAGUAGCUUUUCUGACUGUUGUACUGAUGCACUUGUGGGGGGCCCAAUGUAAGCCCAUUGUUUCCUCAGUAUCCGCCCAGACUGUAAACACACAUUUCCAGUAAGAAGAACUGUUGCCCUGUGGCACGUAAAUGACAAACACCCAGCUCCAUCUUGUUGUCUUUCUGUAUUCUAUGGCCUUGAUAGUACAGUGCAGGUCUGGAACUCCCUGCCUAACAAAAAAAAGAAGAAGAAAAAAAAACACUGUCACAACGGCAAUGGGAAAGUCUUGAAUAUGUUGGUUGCUUAAACUGCCAGAACCAUCUUGACCACACUGAUCAAUACUGCUGAGGGGAGAGGGUAACACAGGCGUCAGGAAGCAGUUUGGAACAUGACCAUAGAUACAGAAUUAGCUGUUUACUACAAAGGAAUGUAUGUGAGUGCAAAACUGAUAGUGUAAUGUAACUGUAAUCUGGGGAGUGAUGGCAGUGGUAGUGUAGGCAUUCCUAUUUUUUGCAGGACAAACGCUGUCCACGGUCAAAUGUGUUGUCAAAUGUGGAAAAAUUGAACAUGUGUGUGGUUUCGCAACUUUUUUAACAUAAACUUUUUUGUCAUUUGAUGAAAAAGGUGGAAAGAGGAGUUGUGUCACACCCCAUUGGUAGUUUUUACAGAGUUGUUGAAAGAAUGUUUGAACUGUUUUAUUGGUGUGUAUAUUGAUUUUUAAAGAGGUUGGUGGCAUUGUCUCAGCUUCUAGCCGCUUCAGUAUAUUCGGUGGAGUUUACGCACUUCACAGUGGCUUUGCAUUGUCAAAGUGGUCAAAUUGGUCAGUGUGUCUGGAUUCUUGAUUGAUUUAUGUGCAGAAAUAAUUGAUAAAAACUUAUCCUUUAACUGCCAUGGUUGUGUGCAAUAGGAAUCAGAAAUAGAUCAGAAUCAGAACAUAUUUUUAACCACAGUAUAGCAACAUUUCUGGUGUUUCAUUGCUAAAAAGCAAAGAUUCUGUUUGGUUGUUAUCAUAUGUACAUGAGAACAACAAAUUACAACAUUAAAGAGUUUGGGGAAAGGCUGAAGUGCUGUCUUGAACUUCAAUCAGUUGAAAUCACAAUGUUGUUUUACUGUUUUCCAUAUCUGUUUGGCAGACACUAUGCUGAGAAACGUCCUCUUUUUCCCAGACAUGGUCUCAUUUUGGGACCAAAAAUAUCUGUCCCUGCGAGAUUUAGAAAUUCCUAAUUCAGGACUUAGGUUCGCUUGCUUCAUAGACCUUAUAUAAAUAUAUCCUGUAUUAAUAAUAUUAUAUCCUUAAUGCCCAACCACCCUGUUCUCUUUUUUAACGAAAAUAUGGUCACUGAACAGACACUCAUAAAUCUGGUGAUCUGUGUACAUGUGUUUAGGCUCUCAUGCAGAAAAAAAAUACAUUUCACAUAUAUUUAAAAAUGUUUUUCUAAUGCAUGCCAAAUAUAUGAUGAAUAUAUUUUCAAUGUACUUAUCAAACAUAUCUAUAAAUAGUAUUCCAAAUAUUUCAAAAUUCAAUGCAAAUACUUUUUAAAUGUAUUGUGAAAUACAUUCAAAACAUUAAUAUAUUUACCAUAAAUUUCACAUACAUUUGAAAUGCAUCACGGAAUAUAUGAAGGAGCCAAUUUUUAUAUAUUUUAGAAUUACAUCUUAAGCUACACUUUAAAAUGUAUGUGAAAUGUAUUUGUUCUGUGAAAUGUGUAUUUUAUUAUCCUUGUCAUUUAAUUCUAGCUAAUAUUUCAUAAUGAUCAAUCCCCCUGCCCCCCAACAUAACUGCACAUAUGCAAUCAAACUGCCAAACACACAUACACACAUGCUUAACAUUCACUCUCUCCUCUUGGAACAGAAAUGGUUGAUUUCUAACGUUUUUUCACCCCCACUCUUCCCUGGCGAACUGUGUACUAUUAAUUUCUUAGUGUCGUCCACAAUUCCUGCUCUUCGCUGAAGAUUUUACUGAAGAUCGUAACUGUUGUCUCAGCCCUAUAUUCACUGCGCUCUAUGCCUCUCAAUGGAACCUUGAAUACUGCAAUCCGCACCAUUCUGAUAUUGUGUAAAUGUUACUACAGCCAUGAUUAAAAUAAGAUAGUCAGUAUUUUAUUUAUUUUUGUUUUUAAACAAAGUUUUUUGUGACAUACAAGCAGAAUAAAUUGAUAACUCUUAGUGAACUGGUACUCACUCAAGGUACAUAUUCAAGAUUCAGAUCUGUAAAGGGCGUGUUAAUUAAAGGAAUUAUUCAUUGUGCACAUUGUUCGGAGCAUAGGUCCUUCUUAAGUAGACGAGAUAAGCCUGGGAAUAUUACAGGUUUCCAUUAGCAUACAUAUCCAAACCCCGGAGAGAGCAGGUCUGAAUGGACAGAUGUGGGAAUAGUGGGUAGUUUCUGACAAUCUGAUUGGAUAAGUGUGUCAGUGCCGGAGAAAUAAGGACUGACAAUCUGCAAGCUGGGCAAGGAUGAGAGCCCACUCUACCUGGACAUACAACUGAUUACUCAUUUCCUGUGUGUGUAAUGGCAGUGGGCGGGGACAGUAUGGCUAUUUGACAGAAAAUGGUAUGUUAAUAUUGAGGGAAUGGUACUAAGAAUGCUGUUAGAAAUGCAUUUUUCUUUUUUCUUUUUUCUUUUUUAAAUUGAAGAAAAGCAACUCCAUCUCCAUUCUUUGAACAACAUUUGGAGUAUGAAUAGCUCUAGCUGCCUUUCUUUGCUUCCAUUAGUAGUUCUUACAUGACAGUAUUUAUUUGGAUAUGCCUCUGCUGUGCAUUUAACCCUAAGUGUUAGGGCAUUUUCAUGCUGUCCUCCAAACAGAAUCUCAUGUAAUGGGAAAUGCAUGUUCCUUUGUACAUCAUUUUAUACCUGGACUGCAGGCACAAGAGAAUGAACAAGAAAUGUCUAUCCAUUGCAAACAUGAAUAUUGAUUUCACAUCAUCGUUUUGAGUGUUAUCAUUACAUUUUCAGUAAAAUGUACCACUUCAUAUUAAUAUUUUGGUUAUUUCUGUAUUUUCUUUAUAAUAUAUAUAUAUAUAUUUUUGUUUAUAUACUUUUGUUUGUUUGUAUACUAUAUAUUUAUAGUAUAUAUAUAUAUAUACUAUAUAUUCUUUAUAUAGUAGUGGAUUGCUCUGCAAUAGUUUGGUGGAACCCAAUGGGAGGUAAUGGAUCCUGUAAUUGGCAUUUCAGAAACAUUACUUGUGUUGAUGUCAUCACUUGUUCAUGUUUGCACUGCAAUUUUAGUCAGCAUGUACAUUUCAAGAUAAUGACCACUAUUCUACCUUUCUGUUCCCUUAUAAUGGCCCCCCAGAGGUAUGUUCUAAUCAUACCUUUUGCAGUAUCGCAACAUCCAAAUGAAAAAUCUGUGGCAUAUUUGCUCAGCUAUACCUUUCCGCCAAAGUUAUAUCGGCUUUCAAAUUUCAACUUUGUUUUGCAGUUCUUAUAAAACAUUUAAAAAAACAAGCAAAACCAACUCUACCAUCCCUUGCCUUCAAAGGUUGCUCCAUUGUGCAUUACAUUGAUUCCUUGCAGUACUGUUGGUACAUGUGAUGAGCUUGAUUUUUUGUGCUUUCUUUUUGGUGUGUUUUAAAGGCUUAACUUCUUACCCCUGCUCAACAGACAGGGCCAGUGUCAGUUACAGCUGGGUGGUCCUAACAGUGCCACAAAAGCCAGCUGAGGACCCCAGACAUGACCCGGCUGAGCCUAGCCCUCCUCACCCAAUGAGCUGUUUAAAGGAGUGCUGCGGUACCCUUGAAGCAGCAGCAUUUGACUUUAGGCAUGCUGUCCAGGUGUCCUCAGUGGCUCCCCCUGUUGGCAGGGGGCCACAGUGUGGCUGUGCCUCUGCAUGGGCUGCAGGACACAGGUGUGUUUUCUGUGGGUUGAGAAAUGUACUUUUGCCAGAAAAAGAAGAAAAAAAUUUGCAGCCCAAAUGAAGGGGUUAGUGGGGUGUGGAUUCUCCCCCGCCCGCUGUUUUUUCCGUCACCAUAUCUGUGUAGGUGCGUCUUAUAUGGGAAAGCCUGUGACCAAGACAAGUGUGUAUGUGAUUCUGUAGUCUGUAGUCUGGUGCUAUGUGACGAUGUUUGACAAAUGUGUAAAAAAAAAAAAAAGUUAAAUACAAUGAAAAAGAAUUGAACUCUUAAGUAAAAUAAAAAAAACGAAGAACUAAUAACCCUGAGUUUGAGGAAAUCAGGCAAAUAUACAGUUUCUUUUUGUUUUUACUUUUAUUUUGCUGCUGGUGGUGAUGUUUGCGAGGAAGAUUCAGCUCCUUUUGUCUGAGAAGCUUUGUUCCAUGUCGCUCCAUUCUUUUGUACAGAUGAAAUGGGGAAAAAAUAUGAAAAGGCAAAAUUUGUAAAAUAUUGUGUCUGUGACUCCUUGUAAAAUAUUUUCAAAUUGUUUAUUACAGAGAAUCAGUUAUUAAAUAAUGUUCAUAUUUUUCACUUCA